AUGCUGUCCCUCGCGACGGUUGCAUCAGGCGACGACGCGCCCGGUCCUCUCUCCCCUGCUCCCGGCGGUCGUCGUCGCCUCAAACUCGACAAAGCCGGCCGGCCCGCCGUGCCUUGCGCCGCCUCUUCCGGCCAUGGCGGACCCUCCGUUGGCCUUGCUGCUCUUUCCGCCACUAACAGGAUUGUCAGCCGCAGGUUUCCCGGCGUGUAUGACGGCGCGUCCAGCGGCGGAAUUGACUCGGACUUAAGAGGCGAGAAGGGGGAAUAUCCCUUCAAAAAUGGGGAGUACCCGCUUCAGUGGGGGGAAUACCCUUUUGCCGUCGUUCCGGACCUCCGCGCAAGCGACCUCGAAAGUUCCGCCGCGGACGCGCUGCUAGAUGCGGACCCUGACGACGCUUGCGCCGAUGCGGACGAUGACGUCAGCAUCGACAUUCCCGUUGACUUGGACAGACUGUUCCGCAAGUGCGCGGAGCAGCAACAGAUGCUGCGCGAGGCGGAAGGCGGAGGGGGAACGGGUGGAAGGGGACUGGGGGGAGAUGCCGCCAGGCACCUGUCAACGUUGGCGGAAGCGGGGAAGCAUGGGAUGACUAAACUAUGGGCGGUUUUAGGGACAGGCGGUAAGGCUGCUCUAGGAGCAACAGGAGCGGUGUUCCCGUCUACUGGGUCUCGCGGGAGCGCUGAUUCUAGGGAUGAUUCGCAUGGAAGAGCGGAAGACAAUAAGGGAGAAGGGCGAGCGGAGGAGCAGGCCUUGAAGGGAGCUGCUACCGCUACUGUUACUGCUACCGCUGCUGCUACUAACGGGUAUAAAGCAAUGCAUUUUCGGAGCAAGUCGGUGGCGGAGGGACGGACAGGGUACAGUGGCCUAUUAAGAUCCGACACGUCACCAGGGGAAAAGGGCAGCAGCAGCAGCGAUGCGAAUUCCACGACGAACGCAUCAUCUGGGCAGAUUCUGGCUGCUAGCGAAGCAGCUAAUAGGGAAGCUGGAGGGGAUGCGGCAGGAGCAAGAGAGGACGGGGCAGGCGGGAUGGGGCGAGAAGGACAGAGUCAACAGCGGCCGCAGCAGCAGCAGCAGCAGUUGCUUGUAGGACGAUCGGUGUUUGAGUUGACAAACGGCAAGAUGACUAUGGCGAAUUGGCAGGCAGCAGUGGCGGCGCUGCCCCCUGAUAUAGUCACAGAGAGCGUGAUUCUGAGGUUCCGGGCGGUGGACGGUGAUGGCGACGGGGGCUGUAUUGAUGGUGAUACGGAUGAUGGUGAUGAUGAUGUUGGUGAUGAUGAUGUUGGUGAUGAUAGUGGUGAUGAUGAUGGUAGUGAGGAUGAUGAUGAUGAUGAGGAGGAGGAGGAGGAGGAGGAGGAGGAGGAGGAGGAGGAGGAGGAGAGGAGGAGGAGGAGGAGGAGGAGGAGGAGGAGGAGGAGGAGGAGGAGGAGGAGGAGGAGGAGGAGGAGGAUGAGGAGGAAUGAUGAUGGUGAUGAUGCAAGUGACAGUGAUAGCAGGGAGGGUACUGCCACUGCUGCCAGUGCUGCCAAUGGGGCUAUGGGGGCUUUUGACUUUACCCUCUCCCGUGUGACCACCUUUGCUCGCUCCCUCACCGCGUCCUCCUCCUCCCGCCCCCUUCUCAGGCGCCUCAAAACAGAAGCCUCCUAUUCCUCCUGCCCGGUUUUGGAGAAGGGGGAGGGCGUGCAGGGGAAGGGAGGGGCAGAGGGGGAGAUAAUGGAGAAGGGAGGGUGGCAGGAGCAAGGGGGGGAGGACGCGAUUGGGCAGGAGCAAGGGGGGGAGGACGCGAUUGGGCAGGAGCAAGGGGGGGAGGACGCGAUUGGGCAGGAGCAAGGGGGGGAGGACGCGAUUGGGCAGGAGCAAGGGGGGGAGGACGCGAUUGGGCAGGAGCAAGGGGGGGAGGACGCGAUUGGGCAGGAGCAAGAGGGGGAGGACGCGAUUGGGCAGGAGCAAGGGGGGGAGGACACGAUUGGGCAGGAGAAAGGGGGGGAGGACACGAUUGGGCAGGACGGGAGGGAGGAGUGGGAGGGGGAGUGGGAAACAGAGGAGGAGGAGGAGGAGGAGCUGGAGGAGGAGGAGGAGGAGGAGGAGGAGGAGGAGGAGGAGGAGGAGGAGGAGGAGGAGGAGGAGGAGGAGGAGGAGGAGGAGGAGGAGGAGGAGGAGGAGGAGGAGGGGGAGGAGAAGGAAGACGGGGAGAGGAGGGAGGAGACGGGGAGGAAGGACAAGGGGAGGGAAGGGACGAAAGAGGGGGACAGGGAGGAGGAGAGCAGGCGGAGGAGGAGGGAGAGGCGUUCCCUAGGGGCAGUAGACGUGGAGAGGUGGCUGGCUGGUGCGGUUGAUGGCAUGGGGGUUGAUGGCAUGGGGGUUGAUGGCAUGGGGGUUGAUGGCAUGCGGGUUGCAGCGCCGCCAGGUUCAAGGGAGGAAGAUAUGUACCCUCGUUUAGAGCUGAUUCCGUAUAGCUUUGAAUCGCUGCAAAGCUACAGUGGGGGGGGUGCUGAAACGGGAAAUGGGUAUGAAGGGCAAGGCAUGGGCCAUGAGGGCAUGUAUCGGCAUGAUGGGAUGCAUUUUGAUGGGAUUUGUUGGGAUGGGAUUGUUCCAGGCAUGGUUGAGGGAUUGGGGUUGGCUGGAAGUAUGGGGAUGGUGGUUGAAGGUAUGGGUGAUGGUACAGGAGGGAUGGGAGAAUCCAUGAGGAAUGUGGUUACACACAAGCAACCAUGUGGAGCAGCAGCAGCAGCAGGAGCAGCAGCAGCAGCAGCAGCAGCAACAGCAGCAACAGCAACAGCAGCAGCAGAGGCAGCAGCAGCAGCAGCAGCAGCAGCAGCAGCAGCAGCAGCAGCAGCAGCAGCAGCAGCAGCAGCAGCAGCAGCAGCAGCAGCAGCAGCAGCAGCAGCAGCAGCAGCAGCAGCAGCAGCAGCAGCAGCAGCAGCAGCAGCAGCAGCAGCAGCAGCAGCAGCAGCAGCAGCAGCAGCAGCAGCAGCAGCAGCAGCAGCAGCAGCAGCAGCAGCAGCAGCAGCAGCAGCAGCAGCAGCAGCAGCAGCAGCAGCAGCAGCAGCAGCAGCAGCAGCAGCAGCAGCAGCAGCAGCAGCAGCAGCAGCAGCAGCAGCAGCAGCAGCAGCAGCAGCAGCAGCAGCAGCAGCAGCAGCAGCAGCAGCAGCAGCAGCAGCAGCAGCAGCAGCAGCAGCAGCAGCAGCAGCAGCAGCAGCAGCAGCAGCAGCAGCAGCAGCAGCAGCAGCAGCAGCAGCAGCAGCAGCAGCAGCAGCAGCAGCAGCAGCAGCAGCAGCAGCAGCAGCAGCAGCAGCAGCAGCAGCAGCAGCAGCAGCAGCAGCAGCAGCAGCUGCCGUCUCCUCAUUACCAACCCACACCUUCCACAAAUCUCUCUUCUUAUUCACCGCACCAAGGGAGGGGACCAUUGGGUUUGACGGCAUACAGAGCAGCAGCUGA